CUCCAAGCCGGCCGACUCAAACGGAUGGACAGAUAGGGACGCCGAGCUCUGAGUUGCUCAUCUCAAGGCGAACGCCCUGAACCAAAAAUCAAACGGCCACGUGACUCCCAUCCCCUGCGGCGGCCCACGAGCGGGAGCACGAUCGUCGCUUCCCUCAGCAACGACUAUUAGCAGUUUAUUUUAGAGAAAAAUCCAUUUGCAAAGUUUAAGAGGGGAGAGCGGACGGUGGAACUCCUCCUUCCUAAGCGAACUCGGAAGAAAUUCUAGUAAUUUGCCUGUAUAUACAGAAGAGAAGGGGAAAAAAAAAAAAAAUACAGCGAGAGAACGAUAUAUUCGGAUUGAAUUGAUUGCUGGGUCCAUUCCUUUCCGUGCACGCGCUUUGAUUCCUCCUCCGAUCUAUGUGAUAUAUCAUCGCAUCAUUAUAUGAUCACGGAGCCGGCCUUCGGGGACGAAUUCUGAGCUCUCGAAUCGGCUAGCCAGACGCCACAGAUCCGCGCGAUCGGAACCAUCCCUGUUCCUGGAGGAAAAUGUUCAGAAGCAACAACUCCAAUAUGAUGUUGCCAUCUGUUCUGGAGGCUAAUCAGUUCCAUUAUGACUCCAGUGCACCUACCCAGCUUCAGUUGUUUGGAAACAGUGAGUCCAAUUUGCAUUGCAGUUCCUGCUACAUGCAGUGUAACUCCUGUCAACAACAUUGGAAACAAUUAUAUAUCUGCUCUAAACUGUUCAAACAAAAUGAGGAGGGAGACAGAGGAUAUUGGAAGAUGGCACAAGCCUCAGAUUUCCUUGAAUGAUUUUAGUCAAGAUAAGGCUGAUCAUUCACCAGGUAUCCCUAAUCCAAAUGCUGUAUCAACUGGGCUUAGACUUUCCUAUGACGAUGAUGAACACAAUUCUUCCAUUACCUCUGCAAGUGGGAGCUUACAAUCAUUUCCUGUUGUCAUGUCCCUUGGUGACAAUCUGAGGACUGAGAUUGAUCUUCAAAAGGAAGAAUUUGACCAUUACAUCAGAAUUCAGGAGGGGCAAAUCAUGAAAGGUGUGAAAGAGAUGAAGCAAAGACACAUGGUUGCUUUCCUGAAUGCCAUCGAGAAAGGGGUUGGGAGGAAACUGCGGGAGAAAGAGCUUGAGAUAGGGAACAUGAACAGGAAGAACAAGGAACUCAUCGAACGAAUCAAGCAAGUGGCUGUAGAAGCCCAGUCUUGGCAGUGCAGAGCUCGGCACAAUGAGUCUGUUGUGAAUAUGCUUAAGAACAGGCUCAAGGAAGCCAUGGUACAGGGUGCUGAUGAUGUGAGGGAAGGGUGUGGGGACAAUGAAGGAGAUGAUGUGGUCUCUUCUUACAACCCAGGUGGUGUUAUUGGUGGUAUCCUUCAAGCAAGCGUGCCUGGUAGCAGGCGAAUGAUCAGUGAGCAGAUGGCAUGCAAGUCCUGCAAGAUCAAGGAGGUCUCUGUGUUGCUGAUGCCAUGCAGGCACCUUUGCUUGUGUGAUGAUUGCGAGCGUUUCAUUGAGGUCUGCCCGGUCUGCCAAACCAUGAGAAGUUUUAGCGUUCCAGUUUACAUGGCCUGAGGGUUUGUCUAACCAAGAGACCAUUAGGGAUGGCCAUUCCCUUAGGUUGUUGUUCUCUCUUUAUAUGUUUCAGUUCUCGCUCUGGCUUAUAUGGAGAACCAGCAGUGGGUGGAUUGAGCAACUGCAUUGUCUAGCAGGUGCCGAUGAGGCGUGGAUUGAUCUUAAACUUGAGAACAGUUUCGUGCCACCUGGGCCUAUGGAGCCCGGAAAGGAUGUGCUUUUUCUUGAGUGACCGGUUAAAAAUAGGUGGUUUAUUUUACACGAAUUUGGAGGGAAGGGGGAAAAAAAAAUUCAAAUACAAACAUGCUCAGGUCCAUUGAUGGACGCAUGGUUAUCAACCAUACUCAGGUCUAUUGUUAGAUGCAUGACCAUCUUUCGCAGCCCUGACCAAAUGCUUACAAACUCAAAGCCAGGAAGCAUGUGAGACGUCAUCUGCUUUCCAAGGAGCGUAUCAUCUAGUAUGCUUUGUCUGGGGGAAAGUAAUUUGGGUGUGCAACCUGCAAACUACGGGAACUGAGAUGGGUACCGGGAUCUGGCAGCGGGGAUGAUUGCAUGUUAUACUCUAUGAUCUCUUUAUCACUUACUCGUGUAUUACCAGUCAUAUUGCCAGGAUGGAUGGAUGUAUGCCAGCAGUUACCUGUAGACAUGAUCUUCACUUUUUUCUGUCAGGAUCCAUGCUAUUCUCACC